AGGCACCUGGGUUACGGGGUGCGCAUCGACAAGCUGUCAGUGUCAAUCAUUUGUGAGACGGAGAGUGCAUUGUCGGUGGACGAGUUGAGAAUUUGGAGAGUCUGGAAGCGCGUGCGAGUGAUUUUCCAUCUUAACACUGUCACACCCGGUCAUCCCAGGUUUCCUCAUAAGCUCCUAAAUGGCGGAUUCCGAUACUCCGAUUCUGUCGUCGAGCGUAUCCGGCGAUGGCGUUGCUGCGACACAGCAAGCGCCACCUGUGCAACCGGCUACCAAGCAGGCCAAGGAAGUUGUCGCCCUAAAGGUCACAGGCCUGGUGAAGUGGUUCAAUGUGAAGAGCGGCUACGGUUUCAUCAACCGGAAUGACACCAAAGAGGACGUGUUUGUGCAUCAAAGCGCUAUCAUUCGCAACAACCCGAAGAAGGCUGUGCGCAGUGUGGGCGACGGGGAGCUCGUAGAGUUCGACGUUGUGGUAGGAGAUAAAGGCAACGAGGCGGCAAACGUGACGGGGCCCGAUGGAGAGCCUGUGCGCGGAAGUCCUUAUGCUGCUGAUAAGCGUCGCCCUUAUCGUCUCUGGUACCAGCGCAACCGAAACCGGAUUGGCGGUGAUUACUUCGGUGGGCGCAAGAAGGACGCUGUGGCGGAGGCGAGUGAAGAGAGCGAUGGCGGUCCGCAAACGCCGGCUCAGCGGCCUGUCGUGAGGCGCUUCCGGGGUCGCGGUCGUUCCCAGUACGGCGGCGGCGGCGGCGGCGGCGGAUAUUAUGAGGGAGGACGAGGUCGGGGACGUCGUGAGGUACCUGACGAGGGGCCUGAGGUGGCACGUGGUCGUGGGGCUCCACGACGCCUAUUUAGGCGCUCCUACCGUGGAGCUAUCCGGGGAGGAACGCCGCGCCGGGCUGUGCCCGAGCCUGAAGUGAAGGGUGGCGGUCCCGUCAAAAGACGCGGACGCGGAAAGUGGCGUUCAGCGGGACGCCCUAAGGGGGUCCGUGGGGGUCCCGAAGACUCCAACGCGGAUCACACAGCUCAGCUGGAUGGUAGCCCCGGCGAGAGCAGCGUCUAAAAUGUGACUAAUAGUACGCCUGUCUCCAUUCUCACGCUUAACAUAUGUGAGCAAUUAGUGUAAGAGAGAGAGGUAGUGAAGAUCAUGGGACAUUUAGUCACAAAAUUUAUGACACGACUUCAGAGUUAUCAAUAAGGAGAAAAAUUGAGGACAAACAUGUAGGGAGAAAUUAGAUUUUUGAGAUACUUCACUUACGGAUAAAACUUAUGUAGAUGUUCUUUGUUCAGGUUUUUCUCCCACUUCAUACUACUAACUUCACACUCCUUCAAAUCUCCUUAUUUUUAUUAAAUUCCCUGUUUCAAUUUAUUUUCCCCCACACGGCCACGCUUUCAUCGGUCAUUUUCCCUGUGUUGCCAAACACAGCAUUAUGAAAUCUCUGACCGCCGUAGUUGCUUGAAGUCCUCUUCCUUUAUAGGCAUGUCGCUCCUUAUACACGACAUCUUCAUCAGCAAAUUCAUGCUCUGCCGUCAAUGCCGUCUUUAUUGCCUCCAUUUUUGAAUCACUUGCAUUUGACUUUGCAGUUACCGAGCAAUCGUCACAAUUUGAAUUAAGGCAUUCGUAUUUUCCAUCCUGGAAGCUGAUGGAUCCCCUUCCCUUUCGGCUGCACCACUGCCUGCAUAUAUUUCUUUAUUGAAUUGCUUUUACAAUUCUUGCUUACGAUCCUGGGAAUCAUCCCUGAUACAAAAUUUUUUCACUCUAUAUUCCAAGUGGAAUCAAUGCACAUUGGAUUGAAUUCCUAUUUGAACAGCAAAUCAUCCUGCCUGUAAACUUCUUCAUGCGAAUUAUCACCACAUUGAUCUGCGGCUUUUCAUGAUUCCUUUUUGAUCACACAAUUCUUGCUUUCUGUGUCCACUGAAUCCAACACUGACCUCUCAUCGUCAUGCUUUUUGCCUUUCUCUUAUGAGACUUCUACCAUUGUUUCUCAUAUCGCUCUAGUCUCUCCUUAAGCUCAUCGAGCGUUUCCGCAUAAUAUAACCUCAUCUUCACCAUCAAAUCUUCAGGAAUUUCAUUGCAAAUAUGUUCACAAUUUUUACCGAAUUCAUCUGACAUGGUUAUAUCGAAAUUGUCAUCUUCAUCAUCGUAAUUAAUUCUUCGAGGCGUCUUCUUCAACGCCUCUAUUGGAAAUAAAUCCUCAUCGAGAGGAUCCUCUAAGUUUCUUCUAUCACCAAAUCACUGUGUUUUGCUCGUACUUCAAUGUCUCUACUAACACUCCGGACAGCUUUAGCACUAUUCCGGUUGAGUCUCCGCGUAGGGAGAAAUGAAUUAGAUAAAGUAUUUGUGUUUAGUUAGGUUUUGCAUCCUCUUUUUGUUCUUUUACUAACUUUACAUUUUCUCCGUACAAUUUUCAUUCUCCUGACUUCGCCUCAACAUUUUCCCCCACAUCAAUAAGGAGAAAAAUUAAGAACAUAUGUGUAGCGUAUGAGAUUCGCCUCGAAGCUGGAAAAUCAGACUUUUCCCAAAAGUGACAUUACACACAUUUAAGGCAUUUCCGCUCGAACUACCUAAGCACCACAAUAUAAUUAAUAAAUUUGGGUCACAUCCAAUUCUGUUUGCUAAUUACAAUUUGGUUUCAUUGUGACAAUGCAAGGAAAAUAACACACUAUGAAUAUGCACUUUAAAAUUAUGAUGUAUUUGAUGUAUUUUAAAUUAAAAGUACUCGAACUGCUAGAGUG